AUGUGUGGCAUGGACCUGUUGGUCCAUAUGCUUUGUACAUUCCAAACAGCUGCGGCCCUCCAUUCUUUGUUCCUGGGUGGGGAGGAGCUCAAUCUGAACCACGGCAGUAGCCAGCACAACGGGGCGUCCGUUGUCAGAGCACAACCGAGGAAUUACCACAGCCACGUCGGACUCCUCCAUGAGAAGUCCCUGCUGUGCUCUCUGUGCGAGGAGGUCUUCAGUGGCCCAGUCACCACCCCGUGCGGGCACAGCUUAUGCCUGGCCUGCCUUUGCCACUACUGGACGCAACACCGGUCCACGUACUGCCUGCGCUGCAGGAGACUCUUCGCCAACAGGACCGACCUCAGUGUCAAUCGCGUCCUGGCCCAAAUCUCCGACAGUUACAAGAGCAGACCGCAGGAGCCGCUGCAGGAGAAGGUGCCUUCUUCUUUUCCAAUCAUUGAGGAGAGGCUGCAGAAGAUUGACAGAUUGAAGAGUUCUCUUGAGCUCCGAAAGAACUUUUACCGCCGAGAAGUGCGCGAGAGCUAGAGAGUCUUCUCGGCCCUGGUCUGCGCCAUGCAGAAGAGCCACAAGGUGGUGGCGACGGCCAUUGAGGAGCGCCAAAAGAACGAGCAGAAGAAAGUAGAGAGCCUGGUGAAGGAGCUGGAGAUUGGGCAACUGACAAAGGAGACUGCCGAACCUGACUCCCUGACACCUGAAAAAAGUAACGCCCGCCCAAAGCCCUUGUGUCUCUUCCCGAAUGUUGCGCGUCCCGGACAUCCGGUCCAAUUUAAGAAUUGGUCCAUGAUUACCCUAGAAAGCGACCCUUGUCUCGGGGUCACCAGGAUAGCGCUGUCGGAAAUUAUGGCCAAGAUAAAGGCGGAGGUCAACAGGCUGUCCAAAUCAGAACUGAAACAAAUUGAGAGAUACUUUGUGGACGUGAAUCUAAGCGCCCAGACGGCCCACCCCACUCUGUGGCUCUCCAACGACAGAAAAGAGGUGCGGCAGAGUGACAAGCGGCGCGAGGUGGCGGACUACCCCAAACGCUUUGAGCGCGUAGCGAAUGUCCUCGGCGAGGAGCGCUUCAGCGGCGGAAGGUGGCUGGGAGGUGGCGAGAAGACAGAGUGGAGCUUGGGUGCCGUCCGCAGCUCCAUCAACAGGAAGGGCCGCUUCGGCGUCUGCCCCACCAAUGGCUUCUGGACUCUCAGCCUGAAGGCGGACGGACGCUACGUCGUCAACGACUCUCCGGAUGUUGUGCUGGCGCUGGAGCAGAGGCCCCGCAAAGUGGGGAUCUUUGUGGACUACGCCGAAGGUCAUGUCUCAUUCUACUGCGCCGACACGGGUGUCCACAUUUACACCUUCAUCGAGACCUUCACAGACAGGCUGCACCCCUUCUUCUGUCCCGGCCGGCUGCACGCUGGCAAGAAUGCACAGCCGCUCGUCAUUAGCUCGGCUUUUUGCAGCAUCUGA